GAGUGGGGAUCGCAGUUGUAACAGCUAAGGUGGGGCUCACUGUUGUUGUCAUUUCUGUUGGGCUCAUUGUUGUAGUAGUUUCUGUUGGGCUCAUUGUUGUUGUUGUAGUGGUGGGACUACCAGUGGAAGAGCUACCGGUGGGACUUCCAGUAGAAGAGCUUGUGGUUGGGCUUCCAGUGAAGAUGGUGGGAUUCAAGGUUCCUGUCUCCUCACCAGUUGGUACUGCCGUUGUUGAGCCAGCAGUUGGGCUGCCAGUGCUUGUUGUGGGAUUUCCAGUUGCUGUGGUUGCCCCUGUUGGACUUUGGGUCAAAGAACUCACGGUGGGACUGCCAGUGAAAGUGGUGGGAGCCAAGGUUGGCGUUCCAGACCCAGUAGGUGCAAAUGUUGCUGUGGAGCCGGGGGUUGGGCUACUCGUUCCUGUGGUGGGGCUGCCAGUUCCCGUGGUGGCUAAAGUUGGACUGCCUGUUGAAGAACUCGCUGUGGGACUGCCGGUGAACGUAGAAGGACUCAAGGUGGCAGUAGUUGGCACAAAUGUUGUUGUGGAGCCGGGCGUUGGGCUAACAGUGGUUGUGCUGGGACUGCCAGUUCCCGUGGUGGCUAGCGUUGGACUGCCAGUUGAAGAACUCACUGUGGGACUGCCAGUGACAGUGGUGGGAGUCAAGGUUGUCGUUCCAGCAGGAGUGGGUGCAGAUGUUGCUGUGGAGCUGGGGGUUGGGCUACUCGUUGCUGUGGUGGGGCUUCCAGUUCUCGUGGUGGCUAACGUUGGACUGCUAGUUGAAGAACUCGCUGUGGGACUGCCAGUGACAGUGGUGGGAGUCAAGGUUGUCGUUCCAGUAGGAGUGGGUGCAGAUGUUGCUGUGGAGCCGGGGUUGGGCUACUCGUUGCUGUGGUGGGGCUGCCAGUUCCCGUGGUGGCUAACGUUGGACUGCCAGUUGAAGAACUCACUGUGGACUGCCAGUGACAGUGGUGGAGUCAAGGUUGUCGUUCCAGCAGGAGUGGGUGCAGAAGUUGUGUGGAGCCGGGGUUGGGCUACUCGUUGCUGUGGUGGGGCUGCCAGUUCCCGUGGUGGCUAA